CUAAUAUUUUAACCUUGUUAGUUUGGCGGUGAGAGCUUUCUUUUGAUGCAAAAAUAUCUGGUCUUUUCAACUUACGACACAAACACCUCCAUUGUUAGUUUCGCGACAUUUUAGAAUGGCUACUGAGAUUUUAUUUUUUUUUUUUUUUGUAUUUAUUGAACUUAUCCUAUUAAUAGCUUAUAAUACAUUUUAAUUAUAUCAAAAGAGAGUCUUUGUUCUGAAGAAUUAUCCUUGAUCCUUAGGUUAGUUUCUUUCAUUUGAUGAUAACAUAUGUUAUAGAAAAAUUCUAAGUUCUCACAAAAAAAAAAAAAUGAAUCUCAGAAACUGCUGAAUAGUAACGGUCAAACACAACUACAGUCAUAUUUCCUGUUAACUUGUCAACUGAGCAAAGAUAGUUGAACACGAUUGAAAUUUAGUAUGAUUUCUUCGACAAAUGUCUAAAGUUUAGAAAUAGCAGAUGUUAUAAAAGAUCAUGUAGUGAAAUUUUUGGACUCUUGCAAUAAGCUACCUUUUCUAUUCGAGUGAAAGUUUAGUUAUUUAAAUAUUAGAAUUAUUGUUAAAAAUAAAAACUUAAAGUAUACAACACGUUUCGACAUAAGGAUUUUAAAAUAUCGGGAUAAUCUCGAUUAUCUCAUAGAACUUUACUAUCUUCUAAUGUAGAUUAUUGAAUGAAAUCUUUUUUUCGAAACUGUUCAAUAUGAUUAGAGUGUAAAGUGAUUUUAAUAGAAUAUUUAUUAAUAUUAUAUAUAUCGUUUUGUUUUUGUAAAGGAUCUUUCUGAAUCAACAUUUGAAUCAACAGAAUUUGAAUUACACAAUGAAUUUUAUUUAUAUUCAUUACGAUCACUUUGUAUAUCAACUGAUCAUCCAUUAGAAUUAUUUACAUUAUUAUUUAAAAUAGCCCCAUUUUUACAACAUAUUAGAUUAAUUCAAACUUAUAAUUCACCAUUAAAAUUUAAAAAUAAUAAUCAAUUAUAUGACUGUAUUCAUUUUGUUAUAUGUCAAUGUCAAGAACGAUUAAAAUGUUUACGUCGUUUACAUGUUCAAUUACGAUCUGUAUCCGAUCAGAUAUUUCUUGAAUCGUCUUCCGUUACAUCAAUACCCAUUUCUUAUGAAGUCAUUACUUGUUAG